GUCCGCGCUGCCCCGCUGCCGGGCGGCGGCGCGUAGGGUAGCGCCUGGGCGCCCCGGGAGGAUGUCGGGGAGCGGCGGAGCGUUGCCGCUGUCGGUGCUGUUGCUGCUGCUCCUGGCUGCCCCGGGGCUCUCCCAACCGGCGGGGGAAGCCGCCUGCCGCCCGGUCCGAGCCGCUUUCCAGGUGCUGCAGCCCGGAGCCAAGUGGGUGCCCGAGAGCCCCGUGCCAGGGUUGGACCUGCAGGUAUGCAUCCCCAAGGGCUCCACGUGCUGCUCGAGGAGGAUGGAGGAGAAGUACCAGGCGGUGGCCAGGCAGAACAUGGAGCAGCUCCUGCAGUCCGCCAGCAUGGAGCUGAAGUUCCUCGUCAUCCAGAACGCCGCUGUCUUCCAAGAAGCCUUUGAGAUUGUAGUGCGGCACGCGAGGAACUUCACCAACAGCAUGUUUAGGAGCCACUACAAGAGCAUGGGGCCCAGAGCUCUUAAGUUUGUUGGAGAACUCUUCACGGAUGUCUCGCUGUACAUACUGGGCUCUGACAUCAGCGUUAAUGACAUGAUAAAUGAAUUUUUUGAUAGUUUAUUUCCUUUGGUCUACUCUCACUUGAUUAAUCCUGGCUUCCCAGAUCCCUCAGUAGAAAUGACUGAAUGCCUGCGGGCAGCCAGGAGAGACCUCAAGGCCUUUGGUAACUACCCAAAGAUGAUGAUGACGCAGGUGUCCAAGUCGCUUCAGGCCACGCGGGUCUUUCUGCAGGCGCUCAACUUGGGGAUCGAGGUGAUAAACACCACCGACCACCUGAAGCUCAGCAAGGAGUGUGGGCGGGCACUGCUGAAGAUGUGGUACUGCUCACACUGCCAGGGGCUGCUCCUGGCCAAGCCCUGCGCCGGGUACUGCGGUGUGGUGACCUACGGGUGCCUGGCAGGGGUUGGAGAAAUCGACCGCCACUGGAGAGAGUACAUCAGCUCCUUGGAGGGGCUGACCAAGGGCAUGCAUGGUGUCUAUGACAUGGAGCACGUCCUCCUGAACCUCUUCUCCCUGGUGCGGGAUGCGGUCAUCUACGUGCAGAAGAAUGGAGGAAAGCUCUCGGCAACCGUCAGCCGGCUCUGUGGUCACGCUCAGCAGAGGCAGUAUCGAUCCACUAAUUACCCCGGAGACCUCUUCAUUGACAAAAAAGUCCUGAAGGUGACUCACAUAGAGCAGGAAGAAACGCUGUCGAGCAGGAGGAGGGAACUCAUUAUGAAGCUGAAGUCUCACAGUGAUUUUUACAGCAGCUUGCCAGAGUACAUCUGCAGCCACAGCUCUGCUGUUCAGAAUGACACCGUUUGCUGGAAUGGGCAAGAAGUCGUGGAGAGGUACAGUCCCCAAACCCCAAGGAAUGGAGCAAAAGCUCAGCCUGGCAACCACGAGGGAAAGAUGAAAGGUCCUGAGCCAGUGAUCAGCCAGAUCAUUGACAAGCUGAAACACAUCAACCAGCGGUGCACCGACUGAAGUGGGGUGAACUUGUUUGGUGAACAAAUUGCGUGAGGAAAUCGGAUUCAGUUUGAGAAGAUGUGAAGAUGUGGUUAAGUGCGUGCAGACGUGAGGAAUUCUUGUCAGACUUCUCCAGUUUCAAAUGAAUGUUUGUGCACCAGAACCAAACGCACAGAGACUGAAAGGAGCGCAGAAAACCGAGCCCAGAGAGAAGAGGCAAGUUUGCCAGGUUGCAUUAGCGUGGUCUGAGCACCUUUUAUCGAGCUGAAAUGAAUGAGUGAACGAAGCAUGGCCUUCUGAGCGCUGUGUUGCCUCAGGUCAGUUCCUUCUGGAUGAGUCACACUUGGUGCCCACUCAUCACAUCGCAGCUCCAGACCGUUGCUGUUUGGUUUCAAUGUGAGGUAGUGGGUGGUGCUAUUUUUUUUGCACACUGGUGGGCGAGAUGGUUUAUUAUUGCUGUGUUGGAUGUGAGGAUUUCUUUUCAGUUCUGUUAGAGGUCUACCAAGUUGUGAUUUGAGUUAUUUUUGCUCUGUGCCCAAAGGCACGAAUGGCCCAUCCAUAAAUAUUAGCACUGUUAUCUCAGCUGGGAGGCCAAGGGUCACCUUCAGGAAAAUGAGUUGGAAUCAGUUCCUAACUUUUAUUUCCCAGAGUGGAUGGGGUCUGUUUCUGUCUAGAAGGGUUUUCACUCAUCCCACACGUGAAAAUAUAUUGAAGUGAAAAGGUUAUUCAUUGACAGCACGAGGUCUUGCUCCAUUUUUUUGUUACUUGGUAGCAUCCCUAGGCAAAAAGCAGUGUGCAAAUGAGUUAUUUCCUCUGCUCACUCAAUUUUCUCCCUGCUAUGGGGAUGGGCUGACAGAUGGGAGUGAGGUUUAAGCUUUAACUUACCUGCAGAACAGCAUGGUGAGCUGGGGCAAUGGCUGUUCCUGUUCUGCAGGUGUGCAGAUGGAGCAGUGACAUUCCAUACAAUGUCUGGGGCAGAGCAGCAUGUCCUGAAGUUUAAGUUUGUGCCCAUUUCUGAUUUCUUCCUAUGCUUGGAUGAAUCCUAUUGUUUAUCAUAGGACCAUCUCUGGGAGGAAGAGCACAGUUUUAGAAGAGAAGGGGGGAAAAAGCUCACUGAAAAUGAAGAAUAAAAUCCAUAAAAGGAAAAUUAAGUGAGAGAGAUGUGCCUUUACAAGAGUGAAGGGCCUGGAAACAUAUUGUACAUUUCCAGACACUGGAGUUAAGGGCUCAUUUAGAAUAUUUCAGAUAUACUAGAGCCUGACAGUUCUUUGGUUUCCACAUCAAACAAUCUGUAAUUUAUUGCCCCAUAUAGGGACUGUGUUUUUAUCAUAUUGCAUAUUCUCUAGCCAGAAAUCUAACUACCACAUAAGCCCUUGGAAGGGAAAAAAAAAAAAAAAAAAAAAAAAGCCCUUUGGGGAUCGGAAUCCAGGCAGCGUGUUUUCACAGACCCUGAGAAACCAACUUUGAUUUAUUUCCUUGGAAAUAAGGGGAGCACACUGUUUCAUGGAGCGUUACGGCUGGGCAGGAUCUCACUGCCUCUCCAUGUCCAAGGCUCAGCCCUACAGUGCGAGCCGUGUGAACGGGCCCUGCACUGCCCUUCGUGGGCUUUACAGGAGGAUGAGAGCAAAAUUUCCAAGUUUUAUGAGGCAGUAAAGCACAGAGCUCUAGAUAGAGGGGAAAGAAAAAAAAAAGUAGGCAAAGAGGGGUGAAUGGCUGAAGACAAAAUAUACUUGGUUUGCAAAAGCAUGUGCCAGAGGUUAAAUAGCUGCGUUUGAAGCCGGUUUGAUCAACCAAUAUAUCUGAUAUUUGUUUGUAGGUUUAAUGGCCUGUUUCUCGGAGGCCUGGCUGCUGGGAGAGGGCACGGCAGAGGUCACCCAGAAGUUAAUUUGGAAAGAGGCCAAAAGGCCACAACUUGAUUGAAUCAAAUGUAAACAAAAUAGGCCUGGGAACAGCGCGGUGCAUCCGAGGGACGGGGACGGGGGUGGCAGAGGGUCGGAUCUGGUCCCCGUGUGGGGAGACCCACACAUGGGCUGUGUAUGGGGCAUGGAGAUGCCUAUCCUCCCAGGGAGGUGACAGGGGCUUGGGAACGGCCUUGCUGGGCGCUGUCCCUGGUGGCUCAAAUUGGGGAAAUCCAUUGGGUGCAUGGUGGUAGAGUGAUGAGCUUUCAGGGCUGUAUUUCCCCUUCAGAUUUGGUGGAAUCUCGGCUCUCUGUGGCCUGCCAGGCUCAGUGAGCUUUUUUGCUCCCACCCUCUUUCAAUCCCCUAGCCAGAUGAAGCAGCGUAAUGAUUAGAAGAACGUGCAGACUCCCAGAUUGCUGAAUGAAGUGAUACACAGUGCUUGUCCCUUGAAAAUAUGCUAUUUAAUUUGCACCAAAACGAGUCACUUUUAGCUAAUUUUCCACUUUAAAAUUUAAUAAGUUAACGCUACGAUUUCUAAAGUGCUGUAUAUGUGUAAUAUAAUUUAUCAAGUCCUCAAAAGAAAAGUUAAUAAACACAAUAAUUGCUUGGACACGCCUUUUGUUCAACAUUAUUAAACAGUUUGUAACAAUUAAAAUAUUAAAACCACAUGUCGUUGAAAGCAACCAGACGUUGCAAUUAUUUUUUACUAAGGCCAUUAAACAAGACGACAGAAGAUUUUUAUUUUAAUGAUAAACGCACUUUGGAGUGGAUCAGCUAAUUCCUCUUUUACUGCACAAAAUACUGCACAGCUCCACCAAGUCUAGGCCUGGUAUUUGAGGAGCAACAACGUCGUCUUUUUGAGCUGUGCCUCCACUCUUGUUAACGCACCGCUGUAAAUGCUCUCUAUGGAAGCAGCAAUUAAAGGAUUUUGUAAAUCAGGGGAAGUGUGGCCCUCUGGAAGCAGAACGUAAUUAAAUUG